CUUACAUGGCAGUGGUACCCGGCGCAUCAGUCACAUGAAGAAGCGGCUCCUGCUGUGUGUGUAGUAAAGGGGAGCCGGGUCCCGGCCAGUGUGCGGCUCAUGUAACCGAGGAAUGCGCCAUUUCUCAGGCAGGGGGGGGGCAGAUAACUGGCUGUGAAUAUAGCGGACUUGCCAGAACACGAGGCGCACACCCCUAUGGCUUCAGACGACGAGCUCGCCUCCCGGCUGAACAGGCGACUGAGGAUGGAGGAUAACGGAGGGGACGCGGUGCCCGAGCAGCCCCGGAGGCGGGAGCAGUCCCCCUGCAUGAGGGUGUUUAACCCUUACACCGAGUUCAAGGAGUUCAGUAGGAAGCAGAUCAAGGACAUGGAGAAGAUGUUCAGACAGUUUGAUGCGGGUCAUGAUGGCUUCAUUGACCUCAUGGAGUUGAAACUCAUGAUGGAGAAGCUGGGAGCUCCGCAGACACAUCUUGGACUCAAAAAUAUGAUCAAAGAAGUGGAUGAAGAUUUUGAUGGGAAACUCAGCUUCAGGGAGUUCCUUCUAAUCUUCCGCAAGGCGGCUGCCGGGGAGUUGGAGGAAGACAGCGGGCUGCACGCUCUGGCGCGACUCUCUGAGAUUGACGUCUCUAUUGAAGGUGUAAAAGGAGCCAAAAGCUUUUUUGAGGCUAAGGUACAGGCCAUCAAUCACGGGAGCCGAUUCGAACAAGAGAUCAAAGCAGAACAAGAGGAAAAGAAGAGACAAGCAGAAAAGAAAGAACAACGGAAAGCCGCCUUUAAAGACCUGCAAUCUGCCUUUAAGCCAUAAAGCAGAGUGGAAUAUUUUCAUAGCAUGCAGAGAAACAAAUAUACAUAUAUUAUAAAGAUCUCUAAUUUAUCGCUCAAGGUUUAACGGACCAAUAAAGUGAACCAUUUUAUUAGCAAAUCCAUUUUUUAUUUUUCAGUUGCAGACACAAUAUUUUUUUAUGUAAUUUUAUUGCAUUUUAUUUUAUUAUGGUCAAUCAUGUAAAUAAAAAAAGGGGAUCCAGGCAACACUGAAAGUGCUUCUUUCUAACAAGUGGACUUUAUAUAGAAAUUGUACCUAAAAAAGCAGGUAUUUCUGUGUCACGGCCCUUCAGUUGGGAAAUACAAUUCCCAGUUUGUACAGCGGGGGUAAGUGAUCGCUGAAAUCCAGACGCCUGAUAUAGAGAAACACAUUGUGUGACUUAUUUUGGUGAAUAUUUUUGUAGUGUUUUAUCUUCAUAAAGUAUAAAUAUACAUGAUGUAAAGUGAACCCAUCACCACAGGUUGUCUUGAUGGUAAAUGAAAGAGCAUUAAUAAAAAUUGUACAAUGA